UCUCCACUCGGUAAUUGACUUGGUCCUGGUCGCCCGUUAUUUCUUUCUUCGUUUCCUACGCAAUGAGCGUUUCAGAUUUUGAUUUGCAGAGUUGGUCCAACAGUCAACUCACCGUAUCUCUCACUCAACCCCUGAUACGGAAGCCAGUGUCAGAAUUUGUUCGUUAAAAACUCGAAACUAAACGAAAACAAAAGAAACACCCGACCAUCUUAUGUUUUUGAUCGCGCGCUCUCUUUCUCUCUCUCUCCCUCCCUCUCAAUUUUAUACAGUGAAUUGAAUUGAUCAUCGGAAAAUAAAGGAAGUCGGUGGUGAUAGUGACUUGUGAGAGAUGUUGAGGAAGUGUUGGAGGCAACUGGAGAGAGUGUUGGGAAGGGGAGGCGGAGAUGAGCUGCUGUGGCACAUGGACUUGAAGCCUCAUCCGUGUGGGGACUUGUCCAUAGCCGUUGUUCAAGCCAAUUCUUCUCUAGAAGACCAAAGUCAAGUCUUGACUUGUCCCUCCGCUACCUUCGUCGGCGUCUUCGACGGCCACGGCGGCCCUGAGGCCUCUCGCUUCCUCAACAGUCACCUCUUCCCCCGUCUCCAAAAACUCGCUUCGGAGCAAGGCGGAUUGUCUACGGAUAUAAUUAAGAAGGCAUUCGAUGACACUGAAGAGCAAUUCUUGCAUUUGGUGAAGCGAUCUUGGCCUGCUCGACCGCAGAUUGCUUUGGUCGGAUCGUGUUGUCUUGUUGGAGUAAUUUCUAAUGAUGUGUUGUAUGUGGCCAAUCUUGGGGACUCGAGGGCGGUUCUUGGCCGGAGAGUCUCCAGAGGGGGGAAGAACAUGAUAGUGGCAGAACGAUUAUCCACUGAUCAUAAUGUUGGAGAUGAAGAGGUGAGGAAGGAGGUUGAAGCACUCCAUCCAGAUGAUGCGCAUAUAGUUGUAAAUAAUCGUGGAGUUUGGCGGAUUAAGGGUAUAAUUCAGGUGUCCAGAUCUAUUGGAGACAUAUAUUUGAAGAAACCUGAGUUUAACAGAGAUCCCCUCUUCCAGCAGUUUGGAUAUCCCAUUCCACUGAAACGACCUGUAAUGACUGCAGAACCCUCAAUUCAAGUGAGGAAGUUAAUAGCAGAGGACUUAUUUUUGAUAUUUGCAUCAGAUGGCCUUUGGGAGCAAUUGAGUGAUGAAGCAGUUGUGGAUAUCGUCCACAAAAACCCAAGAGUUGGAAUAGCCAAGCGAUUGGUCACAGCUGCUCUUCAGGAGGCAGCAAAGAAAAACGAGAUUAAAUACGAUGAACUGAAAAAGACAAGUAAAGGGUUGAGGCGUCACUUCCAUGAUGACAUCACUGUUAUUGUGAUGUAUCUAGAUCACCUCCACGGAUCAGCUGGUGGUAGUAGAUUCAAGGAAAGCUCUGUUGACUGCAUCAGUGCUCCGGUUGAUAUCUACUCUCUCAAUGUGGAUGAAGCAGAAGACCCACUUUAUAUGGAUUCCUGAAACAAACAAGCUCACCCAAAGGUACAUGAUGGAUUUGCUUGUGAAUAGAACCAAUAAUCUAUGAUAGAGCGUAUUUAUACAAUAGGUGCAUCAAGCGCACAAUGGAUAGAUAGUUUAUAUUAUGAAAAAACAGCCAUGUACAUAAUGGAGCCUCUAGGAGGGAUGCCAGAGAUGCAAUUUGCUGAGGAGUACUUAAGACUCAGGUUCUGGCCCGCAUUCUACUUGGUUGCUUUGGUUGAGUUCCUUCUGUAUUAGUUUUCAAUGAUGGUUUGGAUUGGCUAGAUGGAUUUGGUAUGGCAGGCUCCCGGAAGUACAAAUGUCAUAAGGUUUGAGUCUCCAUUUUGCAUUUUCAUUUUUGCUCUUUUAAUGGAAUAUGGCAUACGGAAUUUUUCUCAUAUUUAAGGCUGUUCAAUUGGAGUAUCGAUCAUUUAUUA